GAACCAGGAAUAGCCAAGCUUGCCAGUAGCUACAAUAAUCUGUGUCUGCAAAUUGUAGGCCUCAUACACAAGGGAAAAGCUCCCCAGGGGUCAAUAGCACCACUCCUGAUCCCAAGGGACUCUUUGGUCAAACUGGAUGUGGAUGAUGAUAUUUGA